CCUGCUGCCGCCGCGCCCCGGCCGCCGCCUGGCUCCCCAACUGCCUCUGGAAGGGCAGGGCUAUUCAGAGGCUUGGCGGGAAAAAGAGAACAGAGGGGAGGGGCCGUGCCUUAGCAGUAUAAAAGCCGGUUUUCUGGGCUUUAUCUGACUCGCUGUAGUAAUUCCAGCGAGAGGCAGAGGGAGCGAGCGGGCGGGCCCUCGAGGGUGGAAGAGCAGAGGCAGCCGAGCGAGCGGAGUCGCGCUCCGGGCGCCCGGGGAAGGGAGAUCCGGAGUGAAAGGGGGGCUUCUGCGCCUCGGGCCCGGCCGCCCCCACCCCACCCUUCCCGCCGACCCCUGCCAGCGGCCCGCCACCCGCGCCGCAUCCGCGAAACUUUGCCCACUGCCCGCUGGAACUUACAGCACCCGAGCGACAACGCGACUCUCCGGACACGGAGAGGCUCUUCUGCCUAUUGGGGGAGUCACUUUUCCCCGCCACUGCCCACGACCCGCGCCUCUGAAAGGCGCUCCUCGCCGCUUUUUGGACGCUGGAUUUCCUUCGGAGAGUGGAAAACCCGCAGGCUGCCGCGAUGCCCCUCAACGUCAGCUUCGCCAACAGGAACUAUGACCUCGACUACGACUCGGUGCAGCCUUAUUUCUACUGCGACGAGGAGGAGAACUUCUACCAGCAGCAGCAGCAGAGCGAGCUGCAGCCGCCUGCGCCCAGCGAGGAUAUCUGGAAGAAAUUCGAGCUGCUGCCCACCCCGCCCCUGUCCCCGAGCCGCCGCUCCGGGCUCUGCUCGCCCUCGUACGUCACGGUCGCGUCCUUCUCCCCCAGGGGAGACGACGACGGCGGCGGCGGCAGCUUCUCCUCGGCGGACCAGCUGGAGAUGGUGACCGAGCUGCUGGGAGGAGACAUGGUGAACCAGAGCUUCAUCUGCGACCCCGACGACGAGACCUUCAUCAAAAACAUCAUCAUCCAGGACUGUAUGUGGAGCGGCUUCUCGGCCGCCGCCAAGCUCGUCUCGGAGAAGCUGGCCUCUUACCAGGCUGCGCGCAAAGACAGCGGCAGUCCGAGCCCCGCCCGCGGGCACAGCGGCUGCUCCACCUCCAGCUUGUACCUGCAGGACCUGAGCGCCGCCGCCUCCGAGUGCAUCGACCCCUCGGUGGUCUUCCCCUACCCGCUCAACGACAGCAGCUCGCCCAAGCCCUGCGCCUCCCCCGACUCCGCCGCCUUCUCGCCGUCUUCGGACUCUCUGCUCUCCUCCGCCGCGUCCUCCCCGCGGGCCAGUCCCGAGCCCCUGGCGCUCCACGAGGAGACACCACCCACCACCAGCAGCGACUCUGAGGAAGAACAAGAGGAUGAUGAAGAAAUUGAUGUUGUUUCUGUGGAAAAGAGGCAGCCCCCUGCCAAAAGGUCAGAAUCGGGGUCACCCUCUGCCGGAGGCCACAGCAAACCUCCUCACAGCCCGUUGGUCCUUAAGAGGUGCCACGUGUCCACCCAUCAGCACAAUUAUGCAGCGCCCCCCUCCACUAGGAAGGACUGUCCCGCCGCCAAGAGGGCUAAGUUGGACAGUGGCAGGGUCCUGAAACAGAUCAGCAACAAUCGCAAAUGUGCCAGCCCCAGGUCUUCGGACACCGAGGAGAAUGACAAGAGGCGGACACACAACGUCUUGGAACGCCAGAGGAGAAACGAGCUGAAACGCAGCUUUUUUGCCCUUCGUGACCAGAUCCCGGAGUUAGAAAACAAUGAAAAGGCCCCCAAGGUAGUUAUCCUUAAAAAAGCCACAACAUACAUCCUGUCCGUCCAAGCAGAGGAGCAAAAGCUCAUUUCAGAAAAAGACGAGUUGCGGAAGAGGCGAGAACAGUUGAAACUCAAACUUGAACAGCUACGGAACUCUUGCGCAUAAAUUGACCGAUUGGAGGGAGGAACUGGAAUGAAUCCCUCAUGAAAUUCUCAUUUGUUACUAAGGGAAAGUGAGGAAGAAGAUUCCUUCUGACGGAACUCCCGACGUAUGAACUUUCUGCAUAUGCAUGACCAACCUCACAACCUUGGCUGGAUCUUAAGACUGAAAGGUUUAGCCAUAAUAUAAACUGCCUCAAAUGGGACUUUGGGCAUAAAAGAACUUUUUUUAUGCUUACCAUCUUUUUUUUUUCCUUUAACAGAUUUGUAUUUAAGAAUUGUUUUUACGAAAUCCUGAACUUUAUCCAAUUUUCCUUUGUAAAUAUAGCCAUUAAAUGUAAAUAACUUUAAUAAAACCUUUAUAGCAGUUAUACCAUAAUUUUUUUAUUUAAGUACAUUUUCCUUUUUAAAGUUGAUUUUUUUCUAUUGUUUUUAGAAAAAAAUAAAAUGCCUGGCAAAUAUAUAAUUGAGCCAGAUCUUCAGUUGUGAGUGUUUUGUUUCUUUUCUUUUCUUUUUUUUUUUUUUUCCUCAUUCUCUUUUCAUCAAUGACAAAUUAACAGAAUUUGGCCCUUAAGGGAGUGAGCUUUAGAAGAUGGGAAGAGAAGUUAUUUAAGAAAGGGUGAGGGCUUUCCUUUGUUCUAAUGGGUCUGGGGCCUUAAGGUCUUUAAAUUCUCAGGGUUAUAAGAUGCUUCCUGGAGAUUUGUGAUAAGGGCUAGAGUUGAUACUUCAAAGAAUGAAAGGGCAGUAAGCUGGUGAGGGUUAGAGGUAGGCAAAAGGGUUAAAGAUAACAGUUAAGAACACAAAGGGGGGUGAGGACUGGGGUUUGGGAGGAACAUGAAGGAAAAACUGGAGUUUCCAUGCCAUUCCCCAGCUCCAUUGCAGGCCAGGGGUCCUGCCCAUUGAAACAGUUGAUGGGGGAAGAGCCGGGACCAACUUUUCUGCUUGCCUGCUCCUACCAGGUGCUCUGGGAGGCAAGUUAUUAACCCUAUUUUACAAACAAGGGAAUAUAGAAGCUCAGAGUGGUUAUAUAACUUCUCCUCAGCCACACAGUAAAAGGCUGAAUCCAGGUCCCAUGUUUGUUGAAAAACACUUACCACUUGGCUAUCAUGCUUUAGCUCAUCCUGUGUCUGCAGUACAAGAAUGCUUUGGGUUUGGGGCCUGAUGGACUGAUCCAAGGGGUAACUGUUUAAGUGCCAGGCAUUUUUCUAUGCAUUUUCCUUAUGCUAACUCCCCAGCAACCAUAUGAAGGAGGUACUGUCGAUUUCCCAUAAUAGGGAAACUGAGGCACAACAAGGCUUAUCCAUGUGCCCAAGGUCCACUGAUAAUGAAGGGUAGAGCAAGGAUUCCAACCCAGGCUUGACCUGUGCUAGACCACCUCUCAGACAAGCCAGUAGCAAUCAACUGGCCAGUCACGAGGACGGGAGUCACCCAUCAAGUGGAAUACGUGACUUAAGUUUCAGCAUUUAGGGCUGCUGGGACUCGGUUCCUCUUUUUCCGUUUUGUUUUGUUUUUGUUUUUAUUUUGUUGUCCAUUGCUUAAUUAUUCCUUUCACAAUGAGAAACCCACGGCUCAUCCACUCCUACCUUAGCCAUUUGUUAAAUGAGGUUCACCGGUUGCUCCUGGGAAGUGGCCAAUAUGGAAAUGCUACUGUU